CCUGGCUACACCUCCAAGUCCAGCCAAAAUCUGUGUUUGAAGGAGACACACUGACUCUUCAAUGCCAGGGAUGGAAGCACAUAAGAGUAUCUCAGGUGAAGUUCUACAAAGAUGGAAAAUUCCUUGAUUUCUCUAAAACCAGCAAGACUCUGUCCAUAGAGAUGGCAACAAUGAAAAGCAGUGGCCAGUACAAAUGCACUGGAGAGGUGAUGUAUAUCACACCUGGGUUCACACAAACAUCAGCCACUAUCAUGGUUCAAGUUCAAGAACUGUUCCAGACUCCUGUGCUGAGUGCUGUCCCCUCUCUGGAACCCCAUGAGGGAAGCAUGUUGAAUGUGACAUGCAAGACAAAGCUGCACCCCCAGAGGUCAUCCUUGAAGCUCCUCUUCUCUUUCUAUAAGGAUGGCAGUACCUUGCAGGACAGGUGCUACAACCCAGAACUCUACAUUCCAGAAGUCAAGGAGGGAGACUCUGGACUUUACUGGUGUGAGGUAGUCCCCAAGGGUAGCCGAAUUCAGAAACAGAGCUCCUGCCUGGAGAUCAGGGUGCAAACUCCGGUGUCCCGUCCUCUGCUCACUCUGCAACACAGGGCUGCUGGCCCUGCUGUGGGAGACAUGGUGGAGCUCCUCUGUGAGUCCAAGAGUGGCUCCCCUCCUAUCCUGUACUCAUUCUACCUUGAUGGGAAGAUGCUGAGAAAUGACUUGGCUCCCCAUGGCAGAGCCAUCUCCCUCCUCUUCCGAGUGAAGUCAGAGCAGGAUGCUGGAAACUACUCCUGUGAGGCCAGGAACAAUGUCUCCAGAGAGAGGAGUGAGCCCAAGGAGCUCUCCCUGAAUGGUUCUCAAGUCUCAUCCACCUUCACCAGCUACAAUUGGCUGGUUGCCUGGCUACUGGGGAGCCUGCUUGGUGUAAUGUUUAUUGCUGCUGCACUCCUAGCUUAUUUCAGACACUGGAGAAAAACCGAGCCCCUUUCAGCCCAGAAUCCACCCCCAGCUCCAGGUGGAGAGCAAUGCCCACUGUAUGACAAUGCACAUCACCAGCAAGAGAAAGAUGAAGAUGUUGCCUAUUCAGUGGUGUAUACAAUCUCAAAAAGGAACAAAGAGAGACCUGUUGAGGACUUCACCUCAGAGGGAAAAGACACGUCUAUCGUCUACACAGAGGUGAGAUGUCCACAGCUCAGUGAGACUUCCAUCAAGGAGUUGAAGUAG